AUGGAUGCCACAUUCAAGACCAAUGUGCAGGAUCUUGUGUUAGCUAGCCUCGGACUGGUCUUGCACCAGGUUGGCGGAGUGGUGCUCAAUCGAUUCUGGCCGGAGUUUGUGCUGCUGCUGCUGGGAAAGCUGCCUUGGGGUAACGCAGCGGAGCUUGUAGGUUUGUUUGAGGAGAAAUUCGUGGAUUACUUGGAGAAGUGGGUCUUGCAGAAGAAAGGCUUGUGGUGGAGCGCAGAUUGGCAGAGUGGUCUCGGUCAAGUGUGCCCGGGUUACGGCACUUAUCUGUCGAAUUCCCAAGAGCGGGCUUGGCGUUCGAUCAAAGGUCUUUUCAAGAAAGGCUUCCGACACCAGGAUGUCAGCCAAUUGGUGCGUGAAACAGCCGUGACCCUGCAGACUCUGGUGCGCGGAGGACAGUAUGCCAAAGCAUGCUUUCAAAUCGAGGAGCCUCCUGAGUCACUUGCGUACAGUGCGAAAAGGUUAAAGUCCGAGCAAGAUGAUGAAGGAAUCCAAUCCCACCGGCUCACGUUGGACUUGAUGCAGCAGUGGCGAGAUAAGGAAGGCAUUGACGCAAACACCUUUCUCAAGUACGAGACUGCGGGCCGCAUCAUGGUAGACUGUCGGACGGUGGACAUUACUUCAGUCAUCGUUAUGCCAAAGCACAAAUUGGAGUAUGCCAAGAACAAGAAAAGGGACAUGGUGCAGCGGUUGGACUUGGCACUUUGUUCUUUGUAUGAAGAUGGUGAAGCUGCUUUUCGCACUGCUUUGGGAAACCCAAGGCAGUGGUCCUUUUCCAUGCAUAAAAAAUUGUUCUACAAGUACACUGUGAUGUAUGUGCUUAGCACGGGCCGUGUCGUGGAUGAACAUCCACAUUUUGUGCACAGUAGCUGCAGCGAGCAGGCUUUCGUUUACAAAUCCGUGUUAGGCAGCUUGAAUCUGCACCCCAUUGCAAGGGGCCCCAAGACUCUCAAAGCCAGGCGUCCACCAAGCGGAUGUUCCACCCAGGCGGCCACUGGCAAUGCCCUGCUGCUGGCAAGCACAGGGAGGCUGGAGCCUUCGUCCGUCACGUGCAUGAGUCCUGUCACGAGCCGUCAUAUGAACCACCAGGCCGGCACUCAGAACGAAGGCGCCCCAACGAACGAGACAAGCGCAGAAGCGAGGGCGCUCACGGCGGUUCUGUUCAUUUGCCUUGCGCACGAAAAGAGUGUGCCGGCGCUCGCAUGCUGCGACACGCUGCGGCUUCGCAUGGACUUUCACUAA